GCUAGGUAUGUUGAUUACUAAAAUGGUAACAUCUAUAUUAAAAUACCAUAACCCACAGACUUGACUAUAAUAACUGUAAAAUAGACUGGGCUUUGGUCUAUCUGCACAUCUAAAAUCCUACUAUGUGGAUGCGACAUUUCUGCUGGGAUGUAAGAAUUAUCUGGAAUGCUCAACUAGACAAUCAGGACAGUCUAGGGUACUAUUUGCCCGAAGAGGUGAAGUAUUGCGAUGAGCUAUUAUACUGUACCUGAUUCUAAUUCUCAAGAGGAAAGUUAAAACCCUCAGCCAUGAGGUCACUGAGGAGGACCAACAGGGUAUCCUCUGAGAGAGACUGACAUGCUUGGAUGGAACAUAAGGAUUUUGGGCACUGGCCAGCAGACCACGAUUUCUACUAGUCUGGAUUGUCCGCUGGAUUGUAUUUGUGUAAAAUUGUUUUCCUGGACUGUCUUGUAGAAUGACCCCUCUCCAAAUUGGAUUGUUAUUGGGCGCUUCGGUGUUUUGUAUUAUUUUCCUGGGGCACGCGGAGGCCCAGGCAUUCGGGGAACAAUGUUUGGACAAUUUCAAAAAGGGCAGAGACGAUUUCGUUCUCGACACCAAUGAGUCGGUCAAAGACGGUGCGACUUUCAUCUCUUCAACGAAAGUUGAGCGCACGAAGGACUGUAUACACUCCUGCUGCAAAGACCCCAGGUGUAAUGUCGCUUUCAUGGAGAAUGGGGCAGAUGAGGGCAUGAUCAAGUCAUGCUUUCUCUUUGACUGUCUAUACAAGAAGACCUACGUCUGCCGAUUUGUCAGGAAGAAGGGAUUCCUGAACUACAUCAUAGACUCUGUGUAUGGAAGUGAUCUGGUAACAAAUGGCCUCCCAGAUGAAGAGGACCAUCCUCCAGUGGCCAAUGGAGGUCCGGACAGAGUGGUGCAGCCCCAGGAAAGUUUGACUCUGAAUGGCAUUGAGAGCAAGGACGACCACAAGAUUGUCACGUACCAGUGGCACCUAGUGUCAGGCAACUCUUCCGCUGUCAUAGAGAAAACUACAUUCAGUGACCAAGUAAUUGUGUCCAAACUGACGUCUGGGGUGUACAAGUUCCAGCUGACCGUCACAGACUCCAGCGGGCAGUCCGACCAAACCCAGAUCACCGUCCUGGUGCUCACCCCUGAGCAGUCUGAGCAUCACUGCCUGGUCCCCAAGAAGGUGGGUCCCUGUCGUGGGUCCUUCCCCCGCUGGCACUACAAUGCUGCCUCAGAGAAGUGUGAGGAGUUUCUGUUCGGGGGCUGCAGAGAGAACCUCAACAACUACCUCUCCCUCCAGGAGUGUACCAACGCCUGUGAUGGUGUUUCAGUUAUGCCCAGCGUUGGCAGUGGUAGAAGUGGGCCACUUCCAGCCCCUAGAGAGGUGUGUGGGGUCCCCUGUGGGUCAGGCCAGUUCACCUGUGCCAACGGCUGCUGCCUUGACCAAGGCCUGGAGUGUGACAAGGAGCAGCAGUGCAGCGACGGCUCAGACGAGGAGAGCUGCGAAUACUUGAACGACAAGUUCCGGAUUCUACUGCAAAUUCCUUUGGAUGAACAGAAAGUUCGCUGCACAGAGCACCCCAAAACGGGAAACUGUCGGGACAGUUUUACCAAGUGGUACUACAACCCUCUCUACGAGAAGUGUUUCCGUUUCAACUAUGGCGGCUGCGACGGAAAUGACAACAGAUUUGACACUGAAGAUACUUGUAUGACGACCUGCAAACUGGUAACAGAAAAGGACAUCUUUGAGAGAAAGGAGUCCUUUGAAUACCAGGACACUCAAGGCCAGAUAGGCAUCAUAGCAAUAGCCAUACUGCUUGGCCUAGCCAUCAUCAUACUGCUGGUCGUUCUAUCUUACUGCAUCAUGAAGGGCAAGAAGAAGAAGCAGCCUCAGCGCCAGCGGGUACCCGUCAACGGCACCCAGAUCCACACCAUGGAGGACACUGAGCGUCUUGUCUACAACAGCACCACCAAGCCCAUCUGACCCCUAAUCUCUGACCCCACAGGUCAGCCAUUAGCGUUACAUGAAGUCAGAUCAAUAGAUGCAUAUUUAAAUUGUAUUUUACAGUGCCUUACAAAAGUAUUCACAGACCCCUUUGAUUUCUUCACUUAUUAUUAUUUUAAUAAUUCUUCAAGCUCUGUCAAGAUGUUGGGGAUCAUGGCUAGACAGCAUUUUCCAGUGUUGCCAUAGUAUUUCAAGCAGAGUUAAGUCAAAACUGUAACUUUUACACUUUGAUGUCAAUCAAUGUCAAGCAUGCCCAUACCAUGAUGCAGCCACCACCAUGCUUGAAGAUAAGGAGGCAGUUAGUUACUUAGUGAUAUGUUUUGUUGGAUUUGCCCCAAACAUAGGGCUUUACAUUUAGGCCAAAAAGUGUAUUCCUUUGCCAUGUUUUUUUGCAUUAUUACUUUAGUGCCUUGUUGCAUACAAGAUGCAUGUUUGGAGUAUUUUUAUUUGGUAUAUUUAUGUUAUUUUCACUGUCAUUUAGGUCAUUAUUGUGGAGUCACUACAAUGUUGUUGAUCCAUCCUCAGUUCUCUCCCAUCA